AUGGAAACACGGAGCAAAAGGCUGAAGGAAAAUGACGAAAUGGAUGGUAAAACUUCCAAAGCUGUUUGUGGUAUGUCUGAUGUUAAUGAUGAUAAAUGUGAUGAUGUUAGUCUUAAUAGUAUGUCCUCUAGCCAGCUAAGUACUUCUAGACUAAAGUUAGAUAAAGCAUUACUGAGGAAAAGGAAUUUAGAGAAGAGACUUGAAUUAGAACGGCAACUUAAGAUGUUAGAUCUACAAGAAGAGGUUGAUAUCGCUGAACUAGAAUGCAAGGCCAUCGAGGACGAUGAACGAUUACCCGUAGAUAAAUGUGGGAUAAAUGCUAAAGUGGAAAAUUAUUUGGAUUGUGAUACUGGGUGUAAUAAUCACUCAGGGGAGGUAUGUAACAUCUCAAAUGUCGAUUGGGUUGGGGAGCUGAAGGACACGUUACAUACAAUGGUUAGUAACAUGGUAUUACCUAAGAUCGAUAUGAUGUACUUUGAUGGGCAACCGGGUCAGUAUUACCGUUUUAUUAGUCAGUUUAAUAGCGUUAUAGAAAGUAAAUUGUCAGAUAAGGGCCAAUUGUUGUCGUAUUUGUUAUAUUAUUGCAAGGGAAAGGCCAGAACAGCAAUUGAAUCUUGCGUUUCUUUGCCCAGUGAUUUGGGCUAUGAUAGGGCUAAACGAAUUUUGUAUGAUUUAUUUGGUAAGGAACAUCUUGUUGCACGAGAACUAAUUAUUGAGUUAUUAAAGCAUAAACCUGUCGGAGGAUCGGCUGACGUAUUAACUGACUUUGCGAUUAAGUUGCGUAAUGUAUGUAUAACGUUGAGGCAAAUGGGAUAUAUGUCUGACGUUAAUUCUAGGGCUAAUUUGGAGGUAAUAGUUUCUUGCCUACCACUAGAAUUGCAGAAUAAGUGGGUGGAAGGCGCCGAUAAAAUCAUGAUGCAUGGGAAGGAGCCGAGCUUUGAAGAAUUUGUAGUCUUUGUAGAAGAGAGGGCCAGAAUUGCCCGAACCCGUUAUGGUAGAUUAGUACAGUGUAACUCAAGGUUCGGUAAAAGGAAUUCUGAAGGCCAGGCUGAUAGGAGAUCACGCUUUCAUCCAAUCAGACGAGACCCAAAUAACUCAGUCAAAGUAACACAUUGUGAAAUCUGCGUAGGUGACCAUGAGGCGACAGAUUGUCCACGGUUAGCAAAAAUGAAUGCAAGAGAAAGGAGGCAGGAGAUAAGAAAACAUGGUCUAUGUUACUUAUUUUUGAGGAAAGGUCACAUAGCUAUGACAUGCAGCUCAGGCUUCAAGUGCGACGUUGAGAAUUGCAAGGUUAGGCAUAACUCAUUAUUGCAUAUUGAUAGUAUUGAUAACCAUGUGGUGAACCUAGCUAAAGAUUGGAACUCCUCAAAGGUUUGUUUGGGGAUCGUUCCAGUGAGAUUAUACGGUCCCAAAGGAUGUUUGGAAACAUAUGCACUUUUAGAUAGUGGUUCGGACACUUCACUUAUAUGUGAAGAAUUAAUUAAUCAGUUGGGUAUCAAAGGUAAAGAGACUUCGAUAAGGGUGGCGACUGUGAACGGAACUACCAAUUAUGAUUGUUUGGAGGUAAAUUUAGAGGUAUUUUCAUUAGAUGAACGGGGUUCUAUAAGGAUCAACAAAGUUUACACGAUAAAGAAACUUCCGAUCAAUCAUGCAACACCUUUAACCGAACUCCAACUGAAACGGUGUAAUCAUCUAAAGGAUAUAACCCUUCCGAGGUUGAAAAGUAAUUUUGUAGGAAUAUUGAUUGGGUGUGAUGCUCCGGAUGCACAUUGGGUUCUAGAACAACGUCUGGGGGACAGGAA